AUGAGUCGGCGGGGUGUGGGGAAGGGGGCGUGGGGGGCGUGGGGGGGGCCGCUGCUCGGAAGUAAUAAAUCAGGUGCUAACGUCGACGAGGCACGCCAUCAGUCAUGCGGGCUGACAGCGCAUUCGGUCACGUCAUGCGACGGUGGCGCGCGGCCCGCAGAUCAACUAAGCAGCAGAGUAACCGAGCUCUUCUACGACAGCCUCGUCCCCUGUUCGCGAAUAAAUAACCUCCGGUUGGAGAUCACAGCUUCGCGCAUGCUGACUUCGAUUAAC